CACUUGUCCUCUGUCUGCAGCUCUUUCCCGAGUUCAGCUGCGCUGUUCUUCACAGCUCUGUAGCAAACGAACCGCUGAGGAGCGAGUGGGAGAGCAGCUAACCAGACAACAUUUCCCCAUUUGCUAUAUCGACUCAUUCCAAGGAGGACCAGGUGAAGAUGGGAGUUAGGAGUGUAUGCUGUAUUUUACUCAUCUCUCUGAUAAAGUCUUCCUCUGCUCACAGCGACGUCUUCACAUCCAUUGGUCACAUGACAGAUUUGCUGUUCACAGAAAAAGACCUUGUGACGUCAUUGAAAGACUACAUCAGAGCAGAGGAGAGGAAACUGGAGCAAGUGAAACAGUGGGCUAAGAAGCUGGAUGCUUUAACAGCCACAGCCACGCAGGACCCAGAGGGGUUUUUGGGUCACCCUGUCAAUGCCUUUAAACUCAUGAAGAGACUAAACACGGAGUGGGGUGAAGUGGAAGACCUUGUGCUCAAGGACAUGUCUGACGGCUUUAUCUCAAACCUGACCAUUCAGCGUCAGUAUUUCCCUAAUGAUGAAGACCAGACCGGUGCAGCCAAAGCUCUUCUCCGACUGCAAGACACCUAUCAACUGGACACACAGACCAUCUCCUCUGGAGACCUGCCUGGUGUUACUACAAGCUCGCCAUUUAAAAGCACCCUGAAGGUAGAUGAUUGUUUUGAGCUGGGAAAAAUAGCUUACUCUGAUGCAGACUACUACCACACAGAGUUAUGGAUGGCCCAGGCACUCAAGCAACUGGAUGAAGGAGAAGAAACCAGUGUUGAUGUUGUGAGCGUGCUGGACUACCUCAGCUACUCAGUCUACCAGCAGGGGGAGCUGGAGAGAGCUCUGGAACAUACCAAGAGACUGCUGAGUGUGGAUCCUGAACACCAGCGAGCACUUGGGAACCUAAAGUAUUUUGACUAUCAGCUAGCCAAACAGAAGAAGGCUGAGAAGGAGCAGAGUGCCAAGGAAGAGAGCAAGAAAGAACGGGUUGGGAAAGGGGAAUAUUUCCCUGAGAAGAGGAAAUAUCAGCAGCUAUGUAGAGGACAAGGAGUCAGAAUGACCCCUCGCAGACAGAGCCGUUUGUUCUGCCGUUACUAUAACAAUAACAGACAUCCUUUUUACAUGAUUGGCCCGGUGAAACAAGAGGAUGAAUGGGACCGUCCACGUAUCAUCCGAUACCAUGAUAUUAUAACAGAAAAAGAAAUGGAGAAGGUCAAGGAGUUGGCCAAACCGAGGCUGCACCGAGCCACCAUCUCCAACCCUGUUACUGGUGUUCUAGAGACUGCCCAGUAUCGCAUCAGUAAAAGACGCGCCACCGUGCAUGACCCUCAAACUGGCAAACUCACCACCGCCCAGUACAGAGUCUCCAAGAGUGCAUGGUUGGUGGCCCAUGAGCAUCCGGUUGUGGAUCGCAUAAACCAGCGCAUUGAAGACAUCACAGGCCUCGAUGUCAAAACAGCAGAAGAACUACAGGUGGCGAAUUACGGUGUUGGUGGACAAUAUGAGCCCCACUUUGACUUUGGAAGGAAAGAUGAACCAGAUGCCUUUAAAGCACUGGGCACUGGGAAUCGAAUUGCAACCUGGCUCUUCUAUAUGAGUGAUGUAACAGCAGGGGGCGCCACAGUCUUUCCAGAAGUUGGAGCUACAGUAAAGCCAAUGAAGGGUACAGCAGUAUUCUGGUAUAAUCUGUUUUCCAGUGGAGAGGGAGAUUACAGCACGAGACACGCAGCUUGUCCAGUACUGCUGGGCAACAAGUGGGUGUCAAAUAAAUGGAUCCAUGAAAGAGGUCAGGAAUUCAGGAGACCAUGCGGCCUGAAAGAGACGGAUUGAUCAAACACCUCCACCAUCUCCUUCACACACUCCUCCCCCUGACUCUGAAAACAUGUCCACUAUGUUCACAGCAGCCAACAUGUGACCUGUCACAUUUAUUUUUAACUGAAGAGUAUGUGUGUGUGAGCUAGCCUACAGUUACAUUACCUCUGUUAGUGCCUUUUGUCAUUGCACACCAGGGCUUUAAAGGUUGGAGCUAUUCCUGACAACACUCCUUUUUACAAACAGGCCUUUAGCUAUUAGCCAUUCUAUAAUGGCAUCAUAUCAGCAUAUCUCAAACAAUUAUUCUGACUGACAGCCAGACUGAAGGGACAAAUGCCAGAAAGAACACAAAAUGCUUGUUCGCAGCAUUCACAGAACGAUACAAAACGGGGACAGUCUAAUAAAAAUGAUUUUUCCAAAA